GCAAUAAACUUACCAGGAUCUUGUUCCGGUAAAGUAAACCGUAAAAAGACGAAAUGGCGAGAUAGAUUCUCGGCGAAGUUUUCGCCAAAUUUAACGUUGUUAUGGUUAUCAAACGAUGAGUUCAGCAGCUCAAGUAUUGAGACAAGCAGAUGCAUUAAAAGCUAGCAUAACAGAUUCCUCAAAAGGCGUUUCAGAAACAUGGGUUGUGAGACAAAGAUUGGAGGAUCUGUACAAAAAACUGCUCCUUAUGGACCUGGAGUAUGCCUUGGAUAAGAAAGUGGAACAGGAUUUAUGGAACCAUGCAUUUAAAAACCACAUCAAUAUCUUGCAGACCCAGACCAAGGACAGACAGAAUGCAAAAAGGGGUGAAACACAUGCCACACUGAACCUCUUUCUGGAGACAGCUAGUGGAUUUUACUUGCAGUUGAUACAAUUAAUUUGUACUACAUUCAAACUGGAUUUGCCAUUUAGAAGGAAGUCAUCAUGUUUUGGGAUAAUGAAAGAAAAAACAACACUGAGAGUGAAGAUUGUGCCACCUAAGAAAAGCUCCUGUCUGUAUGUCUGUCAGUACUGCUUGGUUCACCUUGGAGAUAUCGCUCGAUACAGACAACAGAUAGAACAAGCUCAGACAUUUUAUUGGCAUGCUGCCAACCUUGUGCCAUUUAAUGGUCAACCCUACAAUCAGCUAGCCAUUGUGGAGGCUGCGCGAGGGAACAAGCUGACCACAGUGUUUUACUAUGUGAGAAGUCUGGCUGUCAGACAUCCUUUCCCAGCUGCAGCCACCAACCUGGAAAAACUGUACACUAAACUCACCAAGGACAUUCCAGAAUUGAAAGGAAAACUCUCUGUGAGUGAAAUGAUCACAUCAUUUCUACAACUCCAUGCCUGUAUCCAUCUGUGCACAGAACUAGAUAGAGCAGCUGCCCUGAGCUCCAAACUUCUGGCUGCCUUACCAGCUCAUGUAACAUCCCAGAGUUUCCCGUCCCACAUUCUUGUUCAGAUUGUGGCCAUCAACAUCUUCUCGAUGCACCAUGCCCAGCGUAUGACCCAGUAUCAGGAUGGUGAGGAACGCGCAGACUCCUUCAGUGAGGAAUUGGGCAGUGAGGAGCUUCGGUCAUUCUCUCUGAUGUUCAGUUUUACCAUUGGCAUUUUGGACUUGCUUUUGCAAAAUACCCCAAAACAGGAACAGAAACUCAAAGAAUUCUUCACUCUACCAGCCGUGAAGCUUUUGCUUGAUUGGUUCAAGUUAAACCCUGUACACCUGCAAAAUCCUAUCCUAAAAUCAUCUAGUGUAAUGACAAAUUUGUGUAAAGUUCUGAACAACAUCAAACUGUCUGAUAAUGAAGGCGGUCCAAAUAUUUCUAAAUAUGAAGAUCUACCUUUACCAGAAGAUACAGAACUAAGGUGUUUUCAGUACCUGGAGAAAGCACACAGCAUGUACAGCUACAGUCGCUUGCCCACUGAGGGCCUACCCUCAGAAGUGGAGUCCAUGUUGAGGUGCAUGAGGAUCUACUCUCAUGGAACCUGGUUAGCCGAGGAGACAGAGAGUAUAAGCGCUCAGCAAGGAAAGUCUGGGAGACUACAGUUUACUGCUCCAACUAUUCAAAAACCAAUCACUUCAGUGUAUGAAGCUGGAGAUAGUCAAGUGCCAUUUGUAGAAAAGAAAUCUGUGCGUCAAAAUAUUGCCAUUCAGGCAAUUAUUCAAAAGAAAGGUCAACAGCAAGCUGCAGAUAAAACUCCUAAAGUUGUUCCAACUAAAAUACAAGAAAGAGUUAAACCACCACCAUCUGUAAGUGCAGAACCAGUGAAAACAAUUGUCACAUCGACAGCCUCUGGUCCGAACUCCCCAAAAUAUCUUCUAGGUGUACCGACCACUGAGCCUCAGUUCAUGAAAGGAGGAAGCACCAAUGUAGUAGGUAACUCAAGGUCAGGAACUCAGAGCUCAAGAGUUCCAAUCGCACAACAACCACCGAGACUGCAGAAACAGUUGCUGGCACAGCAACAGCAACAACAGGGCUCUUCUCAACCAACCCUGUGGUCAGAGAACGCAACACCACAGAUUCUCAGCAAGCCAUCAGCUUCACAGCAAAAGUUACUGUGGCCAUAUUCACUUCAACAGCAGUCAGAGCAAAACGUUUCAAAAUCGGACAGCAAUUCUUCAGUACAUUCAGCACAGAGUGACACCAGUCCUGGUAAAGUGGGAGCACAGCAGCCCUCUCAGCAGACGUCAGAAGUUCAAAGGUUACAGCUGGAAAAACAAUCGCCAAGCAAUUUUAUGAACAUGCCUACUGUUACAUCUGAUUACAGGAUGACAUCAAGAUUUCCAGUUACAACUAAUCAACCAUCAAUGGCACCUCAGAACAUGCCAGUCAAUGCUAAGAACCCUGGAUCAAGUCAAAACACAGCAUUACAGGGGACUGCUGGAAGCAAUGCAAUGUUUAGGUUUCCUCCACCACCUCUGCCACCAAACAGCAAACAGUUUCCUUCUAUGACUUUUGAUGUUCCUCCACCCCCUUUACCACAACCUAUGAACAUGUCAGGUGCAGAAACAGAGUCAAGAACUGGUUUUACCCAUCAAAUGUCCAGCCGACAUCAGCCUGAAAAGAAUCAACAGAAUGUUAUGGCAGAAAAUGCUUUCCAACAGAAUCAAUCACUUGUUAACCCUCAAAGGGCUCCUCAAGGGACAAAUUAUCCAAGCAACUCGAAUCAGCAACACACACAAAGCAGCCCACUUACGGGAAAUAUUGGUAAUCAAAUGCAGGGAGGAGUUAGAAAUUUAUUUCAAAAUCUCCCACCACAAGGCUUUCAGCAAAUGGCUCCUGGGAAUGAGAGACCUCACUUUGGAGGUCCUGCCAAUGAGAGGUCACCUUUUGGAGGACUGAAACCACAAACAGUGCCAUCACAGUUACAGAAUACUGCCUCUCAGUACCAACUGUUGAACCAGCUACUAAGCAUGAAUGCUGGCAUGGGAAGAAUGAACUUGAGAGCCCCAAUGGAUCAACCAGGAAAAAAGGAUGAUUUCCCCUUUGUUCCCCCAGAGUUGUUGGGAGCACUUUCACAGCUUGCUGUUCAGCCACCAAAUAUUAGCAAAGAAGGCUUGAUGAUGCAAAACAGGAUGGGUGCUGCUUUUCAAGGUCAUGCUGAGGGAACACCAAAGCCUGACACAGGGAACUCUCCAAACAGAAGCCCAAUGCCUGGCCCUCCUGACCUAGAUUCUCGUCCCACCAGACCGGGGCCACAGACCACACAACAAGGAACGUACUCACUGUUCAGCAGCUCUCCAUGGUCUGUGCCUCUGUCCACUGCAGACAACAAAAGCCAUGGACCAUCCCCAUUCUCUGAAGAGCCAAACAUGGUAAGACAUUCACCAAAAGCAGAAGUUACUGAGCCCAAGAUGCCACAAGGAAUAGAUAUGGGGCUGAGGUUUGGUCAUAAUGAGGAAGUUUGGCUUGAAAAAUCACAGAAGGGUGCACCACCAGCAGACCACAACCCUGCAUCAGGACCAGGGCCUUAUUUCCCAGGACCAUUACAGUCAAUCUGGUCAUCUCCUGGUCCAUCUCCAUUGGAAAAGCUCUUGGAAAUGCAGAAACAACAGAGAACCACAGAUCCCCACUGAGCCGAGCUGUUGGAUAUCAGUUGGAAUUCAGAUUUAUAAUGAAGACUUCAUCACACACCAUGUAGACUAUUCUACAUGAGGAUGGAAUCUUGGAUGAAAAGCUGCUAAAGUUUGCAGUGGAAAUUCAGCAGGAAUAGCCGAUGAUGCACAUAGAGCAUAUUUGUCCUGUUUUGUUGCCUCCACUAUACUUGUAGCAUCAGAGCAUAUGCUUAUUGUUGCAGUUUGCAGUUGUGACAACUUAAAAGCUGCAUGUAGUACUGUUAAAAGUUGUUUUCUAACUAAUAUGCAUUGUAAAGUGUGUUGAAUGCCAGAGCUAGUUGGAAGAAAAUAUGCUUAUCACAGAAAUCUAUUGGUUCAGACGUGCAGAAAAAUGAAUCUUUUUUAUUUACACAGAUUGAAAUGAGAAAACGCUUGCACGGGAAAUAUUAAGUGGAAUAUUAAAAUGUUUGACUGGAUAAAACUUUCAGGUACAUGUACUUUGAUCAGAGUUAUUCAGAAAGUCUUUGUCUAGAGUGUAUGUCUUAUUUUUUUUUUUCAAUUUGCCUUUAUUUUUCUCGUUUUGACAUGUUUUAUAACUCAUACUCCAAACUGAAAUCUUCAAUGGAAGUAAUUGUAAAAACCUUCCAGGAAUUGUAUAGCCUUCUCAAAUGCAUUUACCUUUUGCUAUGUACAUGUACCUUGUGUAUAUAACAUUUCAAACCAAGACCCCUAAUCCAGAGCUGUGUGUACAACACGAGCAAAUAAAAAUCAUUAAUAUAAACAAAGAAACAUUUUUGACUGUGAUUGUAAACAUGAUCAUGCUUGUAUGAAGGGAUUUUUUGACACUCACUAUCUGUAGCAGCAUGUUGAACAGCUUGUCUGAUAAGCAUUGUAGUUCCUUUGGUAUGUUGUGUCUCUUUAUUCACUACUUCUUAACAGAAUCAUUACUUGUUGAGUUCAACCUUUCAUGAUGUGGUUUAUUUCCGUACAUUUGGUAAUGGGGAAAUUUGAAUGUAAAGAUGGAUUAUGAAAAUAUUGCAGUGUGUACUUCAAGGAGAGCGAGUGAGAUAAGAUAGCCUAGCCAAAUUUUUUCUCUAGUGCUAAAGAUGCAGUUGUUUUGGAAUAAAAUUAGUGGUUGAAGUUAAUAUUUAAGAAUGACAUUUUUGUAAAUGUAUAAAUUAAUAUUUAUGAAUUACCAAUUGUCUAAUGUAUUGCUUUUUCUUGGAAUUGAAUGAUGCACAUGUGCUACAUUAGUACAAAGAUGAUUGUAUUUCCUUACUGUUAUUUUAAUUAAUAAUAAAGGCACUGUGAUAAUCGA